UCAGAGUGUGAGAGCGGAAAGGGGUGAGGCCAAACUCACCAGCAGGCAGCUCUCUGGCCGGGAGUGUGUUCCCUGUGGCAGCUGCAGUCCUGCCACAGGCACAGAGCGGGUCCCCACCCCGUGUCCGGGCACCCUCUGCAGGGAUGCUGGGGACGUGCCAACUCCAUCAUGGCCGAGGCGCCGCUGCCAGCCUCCGGGCUGCCGCAGCCUCAGUCACGCAUCGUUUCUAAAGAGCUCCCAGCUGCAGGAGCCUCGGACGAGGGCCAGCUCUGGGUUCUUUGCUGAUGUGGAGGUGUCAUGGAGGGAGGGACCUGACAAGUGAGAAGGCCAGGAAGUAAAGGCGAAGAGGGUGGGUAUCCCUGGCCACACACAGCGGCUAUGGAGCAGGAGACCAUCUCCCCGAGGGACGGGCUGAGGACUUGGCUACUCCCCUGACCAUAAAUGGCUUGGCCAGGGCCCUCUUAGAGCCACUUCUUGCCCUGCCACCCUUGCUCGCCCAGCUGGAUGUCCCUACAAAUGCGAGAGGCAAGCCAGUAACUCCAGAGAGGAAGGAGCUUGCUGAGGAUCGCGUCUGGAGAAGGGUCUCGGGAGGCCGUCGGGAUGAGUUUUUCACUGAACUUCACGUUGCCAGCCAACACGACGUCCUCUCCAGUUGUUACAGGCGGGAAAGAAGCAGACUGUGGGCCCUCGCUCGGACUCGCCGCCGGCAUCCCGUCGCUGGCGGCCACGGCCCUGCUGGUAGCCCUCCUGUUCACGCUGAUUCACCGAAGAAGAAGCAGCAGCAGGGCGUCUGCCGAGGAAAGUGAGAGGCCAUGUGAAAUUUCAGAAAUUGAUGACAAUCCCAAGAUAGCAGAGAAUCCUAGGAGAGCGCCCACCCGUGAGAGGGAUGUGAUGGGAGCAGAAGAAGCUCACGUGUACGUGAGGACGGUAGCGGGGAGCGAGGAGCCCGUGCGGGACACCUCCCGUCCUGCGGCAGAAAUGGAGAGAAGGAGGGCGCUGUGGUGGCUCAUACCCAGGCUGAGCCUGGAGUGACGCAGCUCUGCCAGACAGCAGAACUGGAGCUGGAACAGAGCUGGAAACCCAGGGGUUUGUGCUUGGAGCGAGGGCAGAUGCUGAGCUGCUUCUUAACCAACCCAGAUUUCACGGGCAGAUCUGCAAAACUUUUGGUUGAUUUGUCUCUUUAGGGGACAGAUCUGACAAGGUUCAUCCCAACUCCCAGAUCUCGUGGUUUAAUGAGCAGCGAAGCACCAGGUGACACCCCUGUGCAUCCGGAAGGAGCCCUUGGGUCCUGUUCUUGACUGCAGUGGGAAUUUACGUGUGUGCGCGUGUGUGUGAUUUUGGGAAAGGGGCUUGAUAUCCAAGUGUCUUGUCUUCUCAUCUUUUCAUACCCUGUUUCCCAAAAGCCAUCAGACCUGGCUUCUGUGGGAGGGUUGGUCAAGGCCUGAGUGGUAUACAUAUGAAGUUUAAAUGGGGUGUACGAGGGAACACAGUCCUGAAUUUCUGAUAUCUCACAGCAGAAGUCCUCUGGGGUCACACAUGCCCGGCCCCGGGGGCCCACAUGGUUGGACCACCCAUUGCUCCUGCGUGUAUUCGAUCAGGCGACAUUCAAGGAAGGCGGUUCUGCAAUGGGCUCUGUGUGUGUGUGUGUGUGCACAGGGUAAACAGUGUGGCGGGAAGGCAGAGAUGCUUCAGAUUAUUCUCAGAAAUGAGGCUAUAUCCAUCUCAUGGGAGUAGAGAGAAAAGCCCAAGUUCAUGGACUUUCGUGGGGGAAAAACUCAUGGUCAAGAAGAGAGAUCCAGAGGACUCUGAGCGCGUGAACUCCAGGCCAAAGGGGUGGUCCAAGGAGCAGUGUGCCUGCCAUCUGAGGGGAGCCUGUGGACAGCGACAGCCGGCUGGGGCCAGGCCAGCAUCACCGAUGGCUUCUGUGAGGAGGUUCCCAGGCAUCCUGGCUGCUCCCACGCCCGGGGCCAUUGCUCAGGAGAGGGCUGGGUCUCCUGAUGGGAGAACUUGGGUCUGGAUAUCUCUGAGUCCUUCCACCGGUUCUACAAACCACCUUGAUACACGGUGGGAACAUGCCUUCCUCAGGCAGGGCCCCUGGUUGCUCAGCAGCACACCCCUCUCCUUCGGGUAACCAAGGACGGGUUCCACAAGCCCAGUCACUGCUGCAUGCCCACCCGUGAGUCACAUAGCCCCUUGGGAGACUCAAGUUUACUCCAAGUCCCCUGGGUCCAGUCACCUUGACAAGCAGAUUUGGUCAUUUUGUCCAUAAAAUGAGGUGUGACUUACAUUUCAGAUCAUUUACUUUAAUUCCACUUACACUCCAUUGCUUAAGAUCUUUAUUUCAAAUUGUUUCUACCAAACUAGCAAGGUUCAUUAUUUCUGUCAUGUUUUUCCUGUCACAAUGCACAGAAUUUAUUUUGGAAUAAAGUGAGAAGUAAAACAAUUGUUCUUCUGGACCU